AUGGCGGUGGGCCCCCCUGUCUUGGCGGCGGCAAGGUGGAUCGGCAUCCGGAGUUGGAUCCGGCCGUGGCUGAGUCCUCCACCGGCGGCGGAUCGAACGGCGGAUCUGCGUGCUCCCGGUCGCGCCGCCGCCGCUCACUGGGGUAGCCCGUUGCACGCCGCCGCUAGCAGCCGCCCGCCCGGGAGCUUGACCUCGCGCCUUCACUCCCGCAGGGGACCCGCCGAGGCGCGAGGGAGUGGGGGCGGCGGAUCCGGUGGGCGUCGGCGUGGAGGAGGGGAGGGGAGCGGGGGCGGCGGCGUUCGGGACGUGGGUGCGGGGGCGUGGGGAAGCGUGCGGUCGAGAGGGGUACCCCAGGUUGGCGGCAUACUAAGUGUUUCUGGUAGUGGUUGGGGGCCGGCGUUGUGCAUCAUGAACAGGGGCGAGGAGCAACAACAACUCGAUCUGGAGGACAUUCUGGGCACCAUGAGCACUGCUGCUCCCCCUGCAGCCGUCCCCGCAGCCGCCGGUGAAGAAGUGGCUACUGCACCUGCAUCAUCGGAAGCAACAGCAGCUCCCUCGACGAGGAAGCAUAGGAACCCGAGCCUGUACGCCAACGUACCUGCAGCUGAGAUAAUUGACUCGCUCCCCCUGGAGACGCGGCUCAUGGUGCGCCGUCGGCAGUAUGGAGGCUUCUGGCAAGCUGAGUUCCUACUCAAGGGCAUGGCUGCCGCUGGCACAUGCUUCGAGCCAGAAGCAUCAGACAUCUUCCUCGCCAGCUUACCCAAGUCCGGUACCACCUGGCUCAAGGCCCUUGCCUUCGCGACGCUCAACCGUGCCACACACUCGCCGUCCGACGGCCAACACCCGCUCAACCACCGGAACCCGCACGACUGUGUCGGCUUCCUGGAGUUCAUGAUCAUCCAGCAGCAGCAGCAGCACGACGACGCCGGUGCAAGGGGUUUGUAUGAGGCCCUCCCUUCUUCUCCACGGCUGUUUGCAACACACCUUCCCUACUCCCAGCUUCCCCAUGCCAUCACGGAGGAGGGUUCCCGGUGCCGGAUCGUGUACAUAUGCCGGGAUCCCAAGGACGUGCUCAUCUCCUACUGGAACUUCUACAAGAAGGUGGCAGCGACAGCAGCCGCCACUGCCGGUGGCGACGGCGACGGCCAGGACUCUGCAGGCGUGACCAAAUUCGAGGAGGCUUUUGAGCUCUUCUGUGAGGGACGGUUCCCCGGAGGGCCACACUGGCUGCAUGCCCUAGAAUACUGGCACGCGAGCCAGAGGAGGCCGGACCAGGUGCUGUUCCUCAGGUACGAAGACAUGCUGGGAGAUCCGGUGGGUAACCUCAAGAAGCUAGCAGCGUUCAUGGGGUGCACCUUCUCUGAGGAGGACGUGGAGGAUGGGGUGGUGGAUCAGAUCGUGGAGCUGUGCAGCUUGGAGAAUCUCAAGAGCAAGGACGUCAACAAGAACGGGAGUACACGGCUGGGCAUCAAGAGUGAGUCAUUCUUCAGGAAGGGGCAGGUCGGCGACUGGGAAAACUACAUGACCAUGGACAUGGCGGCGAGGCUGGAUAAGAUUGUUGAGGAGGCCACCCGAGGUUCUGGGCUCACCUUUGGGGACUCCUCACUCCUCGGUCGAGGUUAA